AUGCUGGAGACCAUAGCGGUGGCAGGCAUCUGGACCAGGGAGCGUCGCAGGGCGGCCAACCUCAACCAAGAAGGCGAUGACACCUGCGCGAGAUGCGGCGAGGCGAUAGAGACAGAGGAACACCGCUACUACGCCUGCCCUGCCAACGCAGAAAUAGGGCACAGCAAUGGCACCGACCUGGCGAAGAAGGCAAAGGACGCGCUGGACCAGCGGCAGGACCUGCAUUUCUGGCUCCGAGGCAUCCCGCCAGCGGCCUGGGCAGCCAAGGUCGACCCAGACGAGGACGCGGCGAAGGCGGCGCAGAUCUUCUGCACCAGUGAAGAGGCACAAGCUGCAGCCCAGUCAGGGCACAAGGUGCGAGCAGACUAUGUUUUUACGGACGGCUCAGGUGGUGCAGGGGAAACGGCCAGGGACCCCCGCCUCAGACGCUGCGGCUGGGCAGUGGUGGCAUUCAGGUUCGACGAACAAGGUCGUCCGCAGGAAGUGGCUGCCUGGUACGGCACAAUCAGGGCACCGCACACGGUGCCACGGGCAGGGCUCACCGCCAUGAGCAAAGCCAUCGGGUACACCACGGCGGCGACAGCCAGGGGGCUAAACAUAGUCAGCGAUUGCAAAUACGCCCUGGACGCACUCAAGCAGAUCCAGGACCCUGAGGAUCUGGACUACAGGAGCACGAACUACGACCUCUGGCUCCAGACGAAGCAGCAGCUACAGAACAGCACGGACACCAUCACGGGCCACCACAUCCCGAGCCACCUUAUUGAGCACCCAACAGAGCUGGAGAGGUGGAGUGGUCCCACCUGGUGGGUCAUAGGUAACGAGAUGGCAGAUAAGUACGCAGGCUGGGGGGCGGAGCACGGAGCACAGGAUCCAGCUAUCAUCGUGCAGCAGCAGAUCAGAGACCAGAUCACCAUGGCGGUGCAGAACAGGCUGCUGGCCAUCAACAUGGCGGUGAUGGUGGGGGACCCCAACAAGGCCCCUCAGCGCCCCAAGGCCAAGCGGCGAAAGCCGCAGACGGCGAGGGACAGGGCAGCCCAGCAGGGACACGACCUGCGAAAACUACAUCCGCGAUGGUGGUGCGCAACGUGCCGCAGUGGCCCAGCCAAAGGACAACGCAUCAGAGACUGGUUGGCAGAGACGGGAAAAUGCCUCGGGAAGUACGGCGGCCACCAGGACCAGCACGGCAACGUCAGGCUCGACUUCAAGGCGGUGCAGAUCGGCACGCAGGUGGUGCACGGCUCCCACAAGACGCAGUACACCCAUGGCUGGCUCUGGUGCGAGAAAUGUGGCGGCACCAGCUACCUUGGGGACCACAAGAGCAGGAUCGUGGCAGGAGUGGCAAGGAAGCUGGCAAGGCCAUGUCAGCCCCCAACAGCAGCAGGGCGGCGAGUCUUGGAGGACACGCAGAGGGGCAAGCUGCCUAGAGGAGCUAAGCCAGCAGCAGACCCAGCUGAUGAGGGUCUCGACGAGAUCACCAUGCCAGGUGGCUUCAAGCUCGGCCUGAGCAACCACGAGGUGAUCGAUCUGGACGGGGACAGCUCAGAGGCAGGGGACCCGCAGCCAGCUCCGCAGCAGCCACCCAGCCAUCCGUACUCUGUCGUCCACGCCAGCUUGAGGCUCGUCGACCACAUGGAGGGCUACGCAGAGCUGUGGAUGAACAUGGUCGACCAAGAGGUCUGGGACGACAUGGACGACUGGAUGGAGCACUGCGUACCGUACCUCUUGGCCAUCACCAAUGUGGGUGGCAGAACGGACACGCAAGAGCAGCCCAGGGCCGUCACCGUGCAGGAGAUCCAGCAGAUAAAGGACUUCUGCGAAGAAGUCUGGCGCAACACGCACCGCACGCGACGGAGGCUCAUGACCAGGAUGCUUACCCUCCCGCAUGGCACAUGGCAGCAGGCAGCUAGAGUACACAUGGACGCCUUCCACAACAGAAGGAACAACAUCAUAGCGCGCAGCAUCCCCAGCAGUGAGCGCAGGCCGCUGCCGAGAACAGCGGAGGCCAGCCGAGAGUGGUCACCAGAGAACCUGGGCGAUGAUGACUCGACCCCAGACAGUGAAGCCCCAGAGCUGGAGGGCGAGCCGAGCAGCCAGGAGAUGGAGACCAUGGCGGGACCUGAUCAGAGGCACGACGCCAACAGCCUGAUGCAGACGGCAGUGCAGGUGGCAGUAACGCUGACCAAGCCAGUGGGGCCCGACCUGAUGAAGUUCGUGAGCGAAGCUGACGAGGCCGGCUUGCUCCACCCAAGGCUUCGACACAACAAAGGAGAAGCCGACCAGGACCCCGAGCAGGAGGUGGCGUGGCUCGAGAGGAACAGGCUCGAGCAGCUCAUGCAGUCGCUGGCAGGCUGUUGGAGCCAGAAAGAGGGCGAGCUGGGCUGGCCAUCGUGGCAGGCCGCGUGCGUGCCCCAUGUGAUGAGGGCGCUGCAGACUGGCGUCUAUCAGAGGCUUUUCAGCCACGUGUCAGGGACGAGCCGCCAGCGCAGCCAGCGCCGAGCGGCGGAGGAGAUCUGCCGCCUGGCAUGGCUCAACAGCGGAGAGGAGCGCAGACAGAUCCAGCAGCAGGACCCGAAGGAGGCAGAGCGGCGCAGAGCAACGGCUGAGCAGAUCCUGGGCGUGACUGAGCCAGAAGUGAGGAGCCGCAGACGCAGCACCAAGGACAUGGCAGACCUCGACCACUUCCCUGAAGAGGAGAACAGAGAGGACAGCCCCCAGCAGGACGUAGACAAGCAGUGCAGCGAUGACAACCACCAGCAGUUCCCAGAUGCACAGCACAGCAUAGGGUACCACCUGGCAGACCGCAGAGCGCAGCCUGAGAAGGCGGCAGACUACGACGAUACAGACCUGCAGCGGGACUUGAAUAAGAUCGUCGGCGACCCACCCCAGCGCGGUGAGGGGGUAGACCGCAAGGCACCCCUGCGCGGCGAGGGGUUAGGGGAGGUCAAUGCCGACUACAAGCAGCAGCAGGACGGGGAUUUGGGAGGCAUCUGGACGGCCUACGGGGCCGUCUCAGGCAGCAUCGGGCCCUCCAUCGCAGACGCCUGCCUGGAGGGCCGUGGCGGCCUCUCUGACCCAGAGCUGCGGUGCGGGCACGUGUACCACUCCGCCUGCUUCCAGCAGUGGCUCCUGAAGAGCAGGCAGCAGUGUCCAGAGUGCAGGUCGGUCACGCAGGCGCGCGAGCUGCGGCCCCUCGACUUCGACGCGGUGGAGGGCGGGGCGCCCCAGCUGUCCGAGGGCGCGCGGCGCCUGGCCGCGGCCUCUGGCGAGGAACGCCAGGAACGCCAGGACGACCUCCUCGCGGAGGCCAGCGACGUCGCCGACAAGAUCGCCGAGGUCGAGAGGGAGAUCGCGGCGGCGAGGCAGGCGGCGUCCACCGCCAAGGCGGAGCGCAAGGAACCGCCGCCGAGCCCGCGCGCGGCAGGCAUGUCGGUGUCGGGCAGGGCGGUGGACGAGCAGGGUCAGGCCUCUCUGGCUCGUGAGCCCGACUAUUUCCACAAACUCGCCGAGCAGCUCGACACCGUGGUGGCCUCGGAGGGCCGCCUCGCCGCGGGACAGUUCGAUUCCACGGAAAAGCGGUCAGCGCCCGUGGCGCCCGUGGAACUGGCGGCCGGCGCAGCUGACUCGGGCGCGGCGGCGAAUAUUUCGCGGGGGGUCGAGCACGCGACCGCGGAAGAGUCGAACCACCUCCAGGUGGGAUGGGCAAAGAGCGAGCCUUGGGCCGCAUGUGCUGACCGGGGACUGCGCGCGCGAAGGGUCGCUGACGUGAUCGUAGAAAUCUCGGGCGUGAGCGCCGACCGUGCCACUGUGAUCAGCGAUUGGCAAUUGGAUCUGGCGCCCCGCGACUAUGCCUCGGUCGACGCACAGACGCUUUGCGAUGAAAAGUGGGCCGGCGAAUGUUCCGCGAGAAACAUCGCCGACGGGUAG